UUACAACAACAAUUUUCAAUCCAUUACCAUCAUGUCUUUGGAUCCCUUGGACGUCCAAGGAUUCGAUUUUUAUGCAAGAGAUAAUUCCAGAGAACAUCACACCGAACGUUAUGAUUUGGUGGCAUUAAGAGAUAAACCAACCCCAAUUUUACGUCGAGGUUUCAGUUUCAUUUUUACAUUACGCUUCAACAGAAAUUUCGAUGAAGCAAGAGACAUCGUUUAUAUUGCGUUUUGUUUUGGACCGAAACCGCAUGUUACAAAGGGUACAAAAAUUAUUCUUCCCUUGCUCACAAGGGACAAACAAAUGCAAAAAGAAAUGUACAGAUGGAACAUGACCAUGCAACGACACGAAGGAAAUGCCGUAACUAUGCAAAUCCACAUUCCACCGAACGCUCAAGUUGGAAUUUGGAGGUGUGAGAUUCAAACUGAAAUUUUUGGAGGGCGAUCAUAUGAUGCUUAUAGAAGGGAAGACGUCUACAUCCUUUUUAACCCUUGGUGUAGAGACGAUGGGGUUUACAUGGACCAUGAAGAUGAUCGCCAAGAAUACGUUUUAAACGAUAGCGGAAAAAUUUGGUGUGGAACUUACAAACAUCCAAAAGGAAAACGAUGGAUUUAUGGUCAAUUCGACGAAAUCGUUCUUCCAGCAGUUCUUUUUCUUUUAGAUAAAUCCCAUCUUCCUUACGUCGAUUGGGGAUCACCAGUUUUGGUGUCAAGAGCUAUCACCCAAGUUGUAAAUGCGUUCGACGAUGAAGGCCUUUUAGAAGGAAAAUGGGAUGGUGAUUAUCGUGGGGGAACUUCACCACACGCAUGGACUGGUUCCGUUGCAAUUUUGAGCCAAUUUUUAAAAGCAGGUGGUCGUCCAGUAAAAUACGGACAAUGUUGGGUUUUUUCAGCUCUUGUGGUAACAAUUUGCAGAGCUUUAGGAAUUCCGUGUCGGUCAACAACCAAUUAUGUUUCGGCCCAUGACACAAAUUGUUCUUUAACUGUUGAUCGAUAUUUCGAUUUGAGAGGAAAUCGUUUGGAAUAUGGCCCAAGAGGAGAAAGCUAUCGCUAUAAACGCGUUAUUUCUUACAAUUACCAAAGACUUAACGAUCAAGAAAGACGCAUUCAAAGAUAUGAUUGGUCAAAAGAUGCCGAAAAUCAAGAUUGGAUGUAUAAGCGAGAUCUUCCUGAUGAUGGUUACCGAUAUAGAAGACAAUCUUGGCCGAGGAGAUCCCAAAUUCCUUGUUAUGAAGGAAGAACUGAAAGCGUUCAACCUUCCCCGGAUGGAGGCGAUGGAAGGGGAGGUUUUUACGAUAGAAAUAGAAGUUACUUUGAUGGAAGAGGUUACUCAGAUACGAGAAGUUAUUUUGAUGGGACCGGAUAUAAUAGAAAUCGGAGCUAUUUUGAUGGAAAAGGAAGUUAUUAUAAUUAUAAUUGUUAUGAUAAUAGAAAAGAUCAAGAUUCGAAGAGUUGUUUGGAUGGUACGGUGAGUUGUUACAAUGCUUGUCGCGGUUAUUUCGAGGGAAAAGGAAAUUCAAAUUACGAUGGCGAUUACCAUAAUCGAAGAGGUUUGGGAAUGGAUAUUAAAAGUGGUCCUUUAGAUGGAGGAUAUCGUUACAGACCAAGUUAUGAUUAUGAAACAAGAAAUUUUGGAAAUCCAAGUAAAAGUUAUUCAUCCCCAGAUAAUAGGGAUGGUCGAAAUGAUUAUAAUCGCGGGUAUUUUGAUAAUAGCAGAAAUUAUUUUUGGAACCGAGCUUAUUACAACAACGAUUGGGAUUACAGCAGGAACGCGUUUAAUAGAAGAAGUUGGGAUGGAAGUAAUCGAUAUUAUAGAACCAGUUGUGAUAACAUGGAAGGCAAUCGAAAUUAUGGGAAUAGAUAUUGGAAUAGAAGCUUUAAUGAUCCUAAUUUUGAUGGGGGGAGACAUCUCAAUAGGAAUAGUUAUGAACAGGAUAGAAAUUUUAUGCCUGAUUACUACGAAAAGCAAAGAAUGUAUUCUCGCAAUCCUAUGUAUGGUGAAGGAAAUUAUCGCAACAUGGAUCGGUUAGAUAGAUGGGAUAGAAUGGACCGAUUUGAUAGAAUGGACAGAACUGGUUUAUACGACAGAGAAAAUAGAUUUGAUUAUGACCGAUUUAGGAAUUUUAAUCGAUUAGGACCAAAUCAUUUUGAUAAAUACGAAUCAUUUGAGCGCCCUCAUUUUGAAAGGGAGAGAUAUAGAGAAAGAUUAGGGUCUAAUCCUGGAAGAAAUUAUAAUAGAAAUUAUUUUGAUGGUGAUAGAGGAUGUAUGGAAGGAAAUAGACGAAAUUAUGGGGAACCCGACAAUUUCGAAAGUAACCGCUAUUGGAACAGAUAUUACAGGGAUUACAGCGAUAGAAAUCGUUUUGAACCUGACUAUGAUCGGCAAAGAUUUUGGAAUAGACAUAAUUUAGAUGGUGAUAUGCCCGAAAGAAGAUGGAAUAGAGGUUCGUUUGAUGGAGAUCGAUUUGAAUGUAACAAAAAGUGGGAUUAUGAAAGAGAUUGGACUAAAAAUCGUUAUUGGAAUAGAUUCAACGGGGAUUAUUACGGUGGGAAUUAUUGGGAUAGAGCCAGGCAUUGGAACAGAUAUGGAGAUUUUGAUAAUAGGGAUCGACACUGGAAUAGAAACUAUUUUGACGGGGAUCGAAACUGGAACAUUUACGGUUGGAACAGAGGUUACAGCGAUGAAAAUAGAUACCAUUUCGAUAUGGGUCGUCGUUUCGAAUACGAUAGCGACCGCGGAAAUGAUUAUUACAGAAACGGUCACCAAAGAGGAUAUUUCGAUGGGAAUUACAGCAAAAGUCUUGAUUAUAAUUACAACAAAUUUAAUUAUGGCCGUGUGAACGGUAAUCGAUAUUACGACAUUUAUAAACAUAACUUCCCCGAAAGUUAUUUCGACCAUCCAAGAGAUUUUUACGAUAAUCGCUACAGAAACACCGAUUCUUCUUCCUAUUUUAAUAGAAAUUAUUACGAUAGAGAUUAUUAUAACAAACGUUGUUUUGAAGGACAUGAUAAUCGUUAUGAUUGGAGAUUUAACCGAGAUUAUCAUAGCCCCGAUUAUAAUCGGGAUUAUUACAAUACUUGCUGGACGUUCCAUGUUUGGAAUGAAGUGUGGAUGGCUCGACCUGAUUUACCACCAGGAUACGGAGGUUGGCAAGUUAUUGAUGCAACACCGCAAGAACAAAAUGAUACGAUCGUUAAAUGUGGGCCUGCAUCCGUUGAGGCUAUUAGAAGAGGAGAAGUUGGAUUUUUAUACGAUACUCCUUUCGUUUUUGCUGAGGUUAAUGCAGAUUUGUGUCAUUAUCAAGAAGAUCCGCGAUCUGAUUGGGGUUAUAAUCGAUUAUUUUUGGAUCGUUACCAAAUUGGUCGCCGUAUUGUUACAAAACGCGUCGAUAUCGAUGAUGAUGUUGGUGAAAAUGAUCUUUGGGAUAUCACCCGAGAAUAUAAAAACCUUGAAGAAGCGGAUGCUGAAAGAUUCGCAGUUUAUAACGCCGUUCGUGGUGUUCCUCGAACCCACCCAAUGCAAGAACUCCCAGAUGAUUGCUACAUUCAAGAUGUUGAGUUAAGUUUGAUUGAUAUAGACGCAGUACCAAUGGGGCAAGAUUUUAAUAUUCUCAUAAACGUUAGUAAUAACGCAAAUGAACCCCGGACAAUCAACGUUAUGGUCUCGAUUGCUUCCGUUUUUUAUCACGGAAUGACCGCAGCGAAUAUUAAACGUCAUCAACACACAUUUACUUUAAAAUCUAGAGACAAAGAGGUUGUUAAACUACAUAUAUCCCCAACUGAAUAUUUGGGAAAAUUGGUUGAUCAUAGUAUGAUGAAAAUUUACGCGAUUGGCCAUGUAAAAGAAACAGGACAAAAUUGGAGUGAAGAGGAUGAUUUCACUAUGAUGAAACCAUACCUACAAAUCCAUACCGAUCAAAGAUGGAUUGUUGGACAAGAAAAUCGUGCAGAAUUCAGUUUUAGAAAUCCACUAAAUUGCCGUUUAACUGGAUGUUCGUAUACAGUUGAAGGUCCUGGUUUGCAAAAGACCAAAGUGAAUCAUUACAGGGAGGUACAACCUAAUGAAGUGGUUACUUUUGAGGAAGGAUUUUUCCCGCAUAGGGCCGGGGAAAGAAGAAUCGUGGCGAAUUUUAAUUGCAAAGAAAUCGAUUGUAUUAAUGGUAGCCUUAUUGUACUCGUACAAUAAAAAAGAAGCUUUUGGUUUUGCGGAAAAUGUACUCGUAUAUUAGCUUUUAUAAAAUGUCACAGGCAAUGUAUAUCGGAAAAUGUAUAUUGGACGUACCAAAUAAUUGGUAGAUUUUUUCUUUCUGUGUUAUGUUCCCCUAAUACUUAUUACAACCUUGUUGCACUUUAACUUACUUAUCUUUUUGCUAUUUUUCGAAUCUACCCAAGGUAUAUUUGAUACGUCUUGUAUAUAAAUAUUAAUUUUGUUAUAUAUUUUUGCACCCAAUUAUAUAUUUACUACUCAUUACGUAAUCUAGAUUUUUAAUAUUACAUUGUAUCAUUUAUGGAUGGAAGGUUUUAUGAUCGUAUUAUUUACAAUAAGAAUAAAAUAUAUAACUAUUCGUGUAAA